CAACACGGCUCGAUAUAAAGCACCAAUGUAAACAGUCUUACUUGAACUUUUAUGAAAUGCGCGAAAUGUUUCCGUCCAACAAUGCAAAGCAAACUGAAGCGCACCUCCUACCUUCAAGCCAGAACCAUGUUACUUUACACGCCCUUUCGGCCGGACACUUCACACUUCCGGAAUAUCAAUUCGUCCAGCCUGUCUCACGCGAAGCAAGAAAACAUGUUCCUUCUCUGGCUUUCUUGAUCCAGCACCACAAUUCCAACACUGGCAAAAUCACACGAAUCGUCUUCGAUUUAGGGUUGAGGGGAGAUAUUAAACGAUAUCCAUCUCCUAUACAAAAACACAUCGAAACGCGGCAGCCUAUGAUCACAGAUCCCGAUGUAGUCAAGAGUCUAGCAAAAGGUGGUCUUGCACCUGAACAUAUCGACUAUGUAGUCUACUCGUAUAUACACUGGGAUCAUAUAGGCGAGCCUCGCGACUUCUCCUCUUCAAUCUUCAUAGUCGGUAGCGGUGCAGCUUCCCUAUGCAAAGGCACGAGCGCUGCACUUCGUGGAGGUCACUCCUUUUUUGAGCAGGACCUUUUACCCGCCGAUCGUAUUAUUGAACUCGCUGCUCCUGAUCACCCACCAGCUCCCAGAUCCGAAGCAGAAUUGGACUUCGAAGAUGCAAAUUUCAAUCAACCAUGGAAGCUGCAUCGACAACUCCCCCACGUUUUAGAUAUUUUCAACGACGGGUCUACAUUCAUCGUCGAUGCGCCUGGUCAUUUGCCCGGUCACAUCAAUUUGCUUGUGAGAUUAGAAUCGCAUUGGGUGUAUCUGGGUGGAGAUUCUUGUCACGAUAGAAGGCUUCUGACGGGAGAGAAGUCGAUCGGCGAAUGGGAAGAUGCUGAAGGGCAGAUUUGCUGUAUUCAUGCCGACAGGGAAAGCGCUGAGGAGACAAUUGUGAGAAUCCGACAGUUGGAAAAGGAUGGGGUGGAGGUUAUUUUUGCGCAUGAUGUAGAGUGGGAGAAAAAGCCUGCUAAUCGGUCGCGAUUCUUAGGGAAUUCUUAG